UUUGCUGGGUAUAGCCAAUGUAAAUUUUAUUUAAUCUUUUUUGUUUAUUUAUUUGUUGAGGGCUACUUGGGAGGUUGGUUUUGUUUUUAAAUACACACACACACACACACACACACACACACACAUACAUAAAGGUGUCACUGGACUGGACAUCAGUCACUCAUUUUCUGUUGCUGCCUGGUAUGGGUGAGGGCUGAAGGACUUGGGUAGCUACAGCUCCACAAAUGUUGGAGGGUGGUGUUGUAGGUUGGCUGGGAUGGUUUUCUUUCUAGCAUGUGCACAUACACUGCUCUAACUCUGAUCCUUCUGGCCCAUCCUCUUCCAUGUAUACAAUUCUAACAGGUAGCCAGGUCUCUGGGACCUUGGUGUAGGGUUCACCCAACUUUGUUGCAUACUGCUGUUGAUCAAGCACAUCACUUCUCAACUCUGGACCUGUGUCCACAUCAAAGGCUCCUUCCUGCCCAUUAACUCAGAUAUUCAUAUAUGCCCUUGCUGGGGAGGGCUAAGUGAAGUAUAGAACUGGGUCAAGAUGUAAGCCUCAUUUCUGUCCAUCUAAUCUUCUAAAAACCCUUCAGGGAUGGAGGACUUGCACCUUUAAUCCUAAAGCCGGAGGAUUGGGUUCUACUUGGCAAAAACAGAAGUGGAUGUUUCUUACAAUAAAAGCUACACCAACUGAACUUGCAGUGGCAAGAUGCUGUGUUACCCAGACACAGUCAGCAGUUCCUGUCCAUGCGGCUGAAGAAAGCUAAAGAACCAGUCGCCCUGCCUGCAAGAUGGGCCCUGUCAUUUCAGCUCUGUCACCAAGGUGAGAGGCUAGGAGGCCUACAAAUGCCAUCUGGGUGGCUGGUGUAAGUCCAGUGGGUACUGGGGGGCUUAGCCCCCAAAGAAGAGGAUCAGCCCUUCCCCCAGCACCAUCACCAAGGCCCUAGAGGUUCCCUCUUCCAUCCACAGACUUGGACUGACUUAGGGAACCCCAAACGAUGACAGAAAAGGAGGUGCUGGAGUCCCCUAAGCCCUCCUACCCAACAGAAACUCCGCAAAGUGGGCUGCAGCGACUGAAGCAGUUAUUCAGGAAGGGUUCUCCAGGGACAAAAGAGAUGGAGCUUCCCCCAGAACCCCAAGCCAACGGGGAGGCAGUGGGAGCUGGGGGUGGGCCCAUCUAUUACAUCUAUGAGGAAGAGGAAGAAGAAGAGGAAGAGGAGGAACCACCACCCCCAGAACCUCCUAAGCUUGUUAACGACAAGCCCCAUAAAUUCAAAGAUCACUUCUUCAAGAAGCCAAAAUUCUGUGAUGUCUGUGCCCGGAUGAUUGUGCUCAAUAACAAAUUUGGGCUCCGCUGUAAGAAUUGCAAAACCAACAUCCAUGAACACUGUCAGACCUACGUGGAGAUGCAGAGAUGCUUCGGCAAGAUCCCACCUGGUUUCCAUCGAGCCUAUAGCUCCCCACUCUACAGCAACCAACAGUACGCUUGUGUCAAAGAUCUCUCUGCUGCUAAUCACAAUGACCCUGUGUUUGAAACCCUACGCACCGGGGUGAUCAUGGCAAACAAGGAACGGAAGAAGGGACAGGCAGAUAAGAAAAAUCCUCUAGCAGCCAUGAUGGAGGAGGAGCCAGAGUCAGCCAGGCCAGAGGAAGGCAAGUCCCAGAACGGAAACAACCAGGACAAAGACAAGAGGACUGAGAAGAAGACACUUGACGACAAACACAAGCAGCCUGGCUUCCAGCAGUCUCAUUACUUUGUGGCUCUCUAUCGGUUCAAAGCUUUGGAGAAGGAUGAUCUGGAUUUCCCGCCAGGAGAGAAGAUCACAGUCAUUGAUGAUUCCAAUGAGGAGUGGUGGCGGGGGAAAAUCGGGGAGAAGGUCGGAUUCUUCCCUCCCAACUUUAUCAUUCGGGUCCGGGCUGGAGAACGUGUGCACCGGGUAACAAGAUCUUUUGUGGGGAACCGCGAGAUCGGCCAGAUCACCCUAAAGAAGGACCAGAUCGUUGUGCAGAAAGGAGAUGAAGCUGGGGGCUACGUCAAGGUCUACACUGGCCGCAAGGUGGGGCUGUUCCCCACUGACUUCCUGGAGGAGAUUUAGGUGUGCUGGAGCCUGCAGGCAGGAGACACCUAUACCCCAUUCUGGUCCAGUGAAGGCUGGGGAGGAAAGGGACAGCAGAAAGCAACGGGACUACUGGGUGAGGAGUGUUGGGAAGGCCGGCCUAAGCAGGAACGGGCUUCUGGAAGGUACUGGCUUCCGCCUUCAUGCCCCAGCCUAAAGCCUCGGAUACCUGGUCCUCGGAGCAGCCCCUUGGGUCCACCCCGCUUUCCAGAGCUGGAGAAAGAACGCAUCUCCACGAGGGGGAACCCCGGGGGAGCGCAGGGACGCACUAGCAAAUGUUGCGAGUUCAUUAAAGUUUUGACAAAAGUUA